CGUACCGUACCAAAGUACCUAGGUAGUGCAUGUACCUAAGUAUCUAAGUACGUACGUAGCUGUAUAGAGGGGAUCGCAUGAGGAUAAUAAGCUACAGUACUACAUUAGCUUAUACAACCCCUACAACCCUUAUACCACAUGCAGACUACCUAGGCAACAUAGGAACUACUCCGUAGACAAGAAGCUUAGCUCUUCUAUAUAGUGGACAUUCCUAGGUACAUAUAGUAAUUGCUAGGGUAGGUAGUUUAGGUACUAAAAAUUAUUAUUUUCUCCGUCUUCUUCUCUCCCCCGUUCCCCCAAUUGAACCCUCCAACCCUUCCACCCUCACCCCCCCAGGCGACCCAGGCUACCAGGCCAUUUCCCCAUUGCUUAAUAUUUCCUUCCGCGUUCUUAUUUAAGGCAUUGUCUUCCCCCAGCCUUGAUCCAAGUCCCCUUCCCCCUACUAGGACUCCUUUUUUUUGCUUAUUUCUUUUCCUUAGUCGCGGAGAAGAAGCAAAUCUUCGGAACUCAUUAAGCAGCAGUCAGUCAGUCAAUAGAAGGGAUCCACAACUUCAAUUAGCAAAGCAAGCAGCAACUUCGCGAUGGCUUCCAACGAACUGCACCAAGAGGUGCCCGCCGCUGAGAAGGGCAUCGGCGCUGGCGCCCCAGCUGCUACUACCGGCGUCAACAACACCAACGGUCUUACCGCCACCCAGCGCUACGAUUACGGCGGUAACCCGUUAUACCACGCUCAUUCCGGCCCAGACGAGCGUCUCCCCGCCUUCGGUGGUGAAUUUCAACCUGGUCUAUACAAAUCCAUCCAGCACCGCAAAUUCGCCAACCCUGCGCCUUUGGGUCUAUCCGCUUUCGCCCUGACCACUUUCGUCCUAUCCCUCGUCAACGUCGGCGCGCGCGACAUCACCGCGCAAAACAUCGCUUUGUCUCUAGCGUAUGGAUAUGGAGGUCUCGUGCAACUCUUAGCUGGCAUGUGGGAAAUGGCUGUCGGCAACACAUUCGGUGCCACUGCUUUGUCCUCGUACGGCGGCUUCUGGAUUUCCUUCGCGAUCGUGCUUACUCCCGGCUUCGACGUGUUGGGCGAUUACACGACUGAUGCGGAUAAGGCCUCGGUGCUCGGUUUCUUCCUAAUCGGAUGGUUCAUCUUCACCUUUAUCCUGCUACUGUGCACCCUGCGCUCGACCGUCAUGUUCUUCCUCCUAUUCCUCACCCUUGACCUUGCAUUCCUCAUGCUGGCCUGCGGAGAAUUCGCGAAGUCUAACGGUGCUACCAGCUCCGGUACCAAGCUCGGCCAGGCUGGUGGUGUCUUCGGUCUGCUAGCUGCGUUUUUGGCUUGGUAUAACGCCUUUGCUGGUAUCGCCGACUCUAGCAACUCAUUCUUUAUCAUCCCCGUCUUCCACUUCCCAUGGUCUGAGAAGGGCCGAGAAGCUCGUGCCAAGUCUGAGCGCGAGACCGCUUAAGUUGUUUUGGGUUACUUAAUAUAGCAGGCCAUCUGUUGUGUUUUUGAAAAAUGAAAAUGGGGAUCCAAAUAGUAGUUUUUCUUGGGUCUAAGUUUGGUAAUUCGCAGUAAAGCCGUGCGCGCGCACGGCGCGUUCUGUAAAUUGAGGACUAUGUUAUAUGAUACCUAUUAUUUGUUUACUACUUAAUGCUUGUAAUGCAAUUGUGGGAAGCUUCUUUUCGGGAUAUGAUAUCCGCGCUGAAUGAUGGGUGAAGAUAAAAAUACUUAAUGAAAGAGGAUGACAAAUAUUAUGGCCUGUCGGGGUUGUCGUAAUUGCUUUUGUGGUUUAUGAGGGAAUGCUAAUAUCUAACGAGCUACGCGCGACUUGAUUUUUCGGGACGUUGUCCGUUUCCAUGGCUUUAUAUUGAGCAGAGGCAUGCACCAAUUGUUAGGCAUAGGUGAGGAGGAAAGGUAUUGAAAAGCAUAGUGGUGGCUAUAUUUAUCCUUUUAUCUCCAAUCGUAAAAUGCAAUAUAUCCUCAUUCAUACCUGGUAA